AUGGGCGUAGGCAAACUGAUUAUGGCCGCAGCUGCAUGGCGGUUCGGUCGCGAGCGAUCGCCGCAAAAUAACACUGAGAACGGGCAGAGCGCAUUGCUAGGUUCUGAAUCUCAGCCAUCUCGUCUAGCUGCAGGCAUCUCUAGGCGAUCAUACGGUGCGACUGAGGUCAUCAGCGGACCGCCUGGAAUAUUGGGCAGGACGCAGUCGCACAGCCCGGAGACGUAUUGCAAUGGCGCACUGGCCAGGGUACCGGAGGAUCGCGUUUAUGAAGAUCCAGAUACUUUUGAUGAAGAAGAGUUUUUGGGGGAAAGAGGAAUCUACAUAGGCGAGUCUUCCCAGGCUUACUUCCUCACAAUAUAUUUACGAACGUUCGCAGGAUCUUAUCAGCAGCUCGUGUCGUGGUACACGCUCGUCCCAGUAACAUGUAUCCUAAUCUGGCUCGCACUUGCCUUCCUGCCGCGUCUCCUUUGGCACACUCCUCACCCCUCGAGCCCCACCCCAUUCCCGGAGCUGUUACUUUCCAUCUCAUUAUGGUCCCUCUCACACCUCCUAAGCACACCCAUCUUCACUCUCUCCUCGGCUCUUUUCCGCCUCCCACCUGGGCCUACCACCAUCUUCUCUACCGCCCUCCACGUCCUCCUCCGUAACCUCCUACGUCUCGCCGCGCUUCCUAUUCUCCGCGUUCGGCACUACAUGGACUACCCGCAUCCGAACCCGGCUGACCCAGCGUUCUGGCGUGUGUGGUGGCUCGCGCUCGGGUGGUCUCUGGCAGAAGUCGCGGUGGGCGUCGCCCAGGGGUACGAGCAGAUCGGUCUGUAUCGCAACGCGCUCGUCCCCGCCGCACGCGUGCACGAGCUUGAAGCGCUUACGCGCGCGCAGACAAAGCAGCCGCGCGUCGGAUCAGGUGAGCGUGGCGGGUCUUCCUCUCGUGCGGCGUCUGCACACGACGACUCCGGGAGAGGAGACUCCACAGUCAGAGAGCCUGAGAGGCGUCCUACGAUGCAACGAUGGCCGAGCGAAGCGGAGAUGGUGCUCGAGGUAGAACGCGAUCUAGACACGCUCAUCACGCUCAAAGCGAGGGAGGAGUUGGAAGACAUGUACGGUAUCCCGUUCAUCCAUAUCCCCGUCUUCGUCUCUUGCCUGCUCCGAAUCGCGUCGAUUGCGCUCUCGCUUGGCUUCCUGCUCCUACUCUCUGCGGCCUACCUCAGCGCACCUCUCUCGCGUAGCUCACUCCUCUUUACCGCCUCCUCGCACCCUCCAAUUUUCACGACCAAUGGCGCUUUCUAUGUGACUUUCAGCCUUGUCUUCCUUCUUCACUUCUCAAUUUCACUCCUCCAUACGCCGAUGGCGCUGCCGAAAAUCGGGGUGCAUGUCGUCGCGUACGUUGGAUUCUUGAUCGGGUUGGGGAGCAUCUUCGCCGGGCUCGGGAUGUGGGGUGCGUUGGCGUGA